CCAACUUAUCCAACCUAACGGAUUCUGACUCUGCAUACCCUGCAAAGACAUGUAUACCCCUGGCUAUGAUAGCGAAUCCCACUAAUAUUUCCUCUUUUGUUUAAGCACGUAAGGGCAUAAUUGUCUCAGUAUUUUAUUAGCCUGCCCUAAUUCGACGUCGCGCAAGAGUAGCACUCCCAAACGGCUACAAAGGUUUCUUCCUUUGUAUAUUGUCUCGCGCUUUCUCUACAACUACAAGCUUAGCUAGGGUUCGAAGCUCUCGAUUGGCUCUCUCUCUCAUUCAUUCAGCUUAUUGAUUGUGUUUGGUCGGUUGGUUUUGGGAGAUUCGGGAAGUUUUGUGAGCUCGAGUAGUUGGCAAUGGGAGUGCCGGCUUUUUAUCGAUGGUUGGCUGAGAAGUAUCCGAUGGUGGUGGUCGACGUGGUUGAGGAAGAGCCAGUGGUUAUCGAGGGCGUCAAGAUUCCCGUGGACACCAGUAAAUCUAACCCGAACGACAUCGAAUACGACAACUUGUAUCUUGACAUGAACGGGAUCAUUCACCCUUGUUUUCAUCCCGAAGAUAGGCCUUCUCCAACAACUUUUGAUGAGGUAUUCCAGUGCAUGUUUGACUACAUUGAUAGACUUUUUGUGAUGGUGCGACCUCGGAAGCUGCUAUACAUGGCAAUUGAUGGCGUUGCUCCGAGGGCUAAAAUGAAUCAACAGCGAUCUAGGCGCUUCAGAGCAGCUAAAGAUGCAGCAGAUACGGCAGCUGAAGAAGCACGACUUCGGGAAGAGUUUGAGAGAGAAGGCAGGAAGCUUCCUCCUAAAGAUAAUUCACAAGUUGUUGACUCCAAUGUUAUCACUCCUGGAACAGAAUUUAUGGCUGUUUUGUCUAUAGCACUGCAGUACUAUAUUCAUCUUAGACUAAAUUAUGAUCCUGGAUGGAAACAAAUUAAGGUGAUUCUUUCCGAUGCAAAUGUUCCUGGCGAAGGUGAACACAAAAUCAUGUCAUAUAUACGUCUUCAAAGAAAUCUUCCUGGUUACAAUCCAAAUACGCGCCAUUGUCUGUAUGGUUUGGAUGCUGAUCUGAUUAUGUUGGGUUUGGCCACGCAUGAAGUUCACUUCACAAUCCUUCGAGAGGUUGUUUUCACUCCUGGGCAGCAGGACAAAUGCUUCCUAUGUGGUCAAAUGGGUCAUUUAGCAGCAGAUUGUGAAGGAAAGGCAAAGAGAAAGGCAGGAGAAUUUGAUGAGAAAAGUGAGGAGGGUGUUGUGGCCAAAAAGCCAUACCAGUUCCUCAACAUCUGGACUCUAAGAGAAUAUCUUGAAUACGAAAUGAGAAUCCCUAAUACUCCUUUUGAGAUUGAUUUGGAGUGCAUCGUGGAUGAUUUUAUUUUCAUUUGCUUCUUUGUGGGCAAUGAUUUUUUACCUCAUAUGCCCACACUGGAAAUUCGUGAGGGUGCAAUAAACUUGCUGCUCGCAGUUUACAAAAAGGAAUUUAGGGCAUUGGGAGGGUAUUUGACAGAUGGAAGCAAGCCAAAUUUGAGCAGGGUGGAACAUUUUAUCCAGGCGGUUGGAUCAUUUGAAGAUAAAAUAUUCCAGAAAAGAGCUCGAUUGCAUCAGCGACAAUCAGAAAGAAUAAAGCGUGAAAAGGCCCAAGCAAGAAGAGGAGAUGAUGCAGAGCCUCAAUUUCUACCUGAAUCUUUGGUUCCAGUUGCUCGAUUUCAUGGUUCUCGUCUUGCUUCUGGCACUACGCCUGCACCAUAUAAGCAAACAGGAUUUGGUGGCACUCCACCUUCAUCGCAUAAGGUUGCACGUUUGUCUUCUGAGGCUAGUAUUGGUGCUGCACUUGUUGAAGCCGAGAAUAGUCUCGAAAUAGAAGUUCAUGGAAACAAGGAAGAAUUGAAAGCAAAGCUUAAAGGGUUACUUCGUGAGAAGUCUGAUGUUUUUAACUCGGAAAAUCCAGAGGAAGACAAGAUUAAAUUGGGAGAACCAGGGUGGAAAGAGAGGUAUUACGAAGAGAAGUUCUAUGCAAAUACUCCGGAGGAACUUGAAAAGAUACGACGAGAUGUUGUUUUGAAGUAUACAGAAGGACUGUGUUGGGUCAUGCAUUAUUACUAUGAAGGGGUCUGUUCUUGGCAGUGGUUUUAUCCCUAUCAUUAUGCUCCCUUUGCUUCUGAUCUAAAAGAUCUCAGUGAGCUGGAUAUUAGCUUUGAACUUGGCUCUCCAUUCAAACCAUUUAAUCAGCUGCUCGGAGUUUUUCCUGCUGCAAGCGCUCAUGCACUUCCCGUGCUGUAUAGGAAAUUGAUGUCUGACCCAAAUUCACCUAUUAUUGAUUUUUAUCCAACUGAUUUUGAAGUGGACAUGAAUGGGAAACGGUAUUCAUGGCAGGGCAUAGCAAAAUUGCCAUUUAUUGAUGAAGAGCGACUUCUAGCAGAGGUUGAGAAAAUUGAGCACACUCUAACGGAAGAGGAAGUUCGGAGGAAUAGCAUAAUGCUUGACAUGUUGUUUGUGUUAUCAUCACAUCCUCUCUCUGUAAGCAUAUAUUCUCUUGACAAUCGCAGUAAACAACUAACAGACCAAGAAAGAGCUAAUAUCAAGGAACUUAUUAAGCCCGAAUUGAGGGCUACAUGCAGCGGCGGGAUGAAUGGUUACAUAUCCCCUUGUGCUGGAGAUACCCACCCACCUAUAUUUAGGUCCCCUGUUGAGAGAAUGGAAGAUAUCAUGGACAACCAAGUCAUAUGUGCUAUAUACAGACUCCCCGAUGCACAUAAGCACAUCACGCGGCCACCCCCUGGGGUUAAUUUCCCAAAAAAGACUGUGGAGGUGGGCGAUCUGAAACCUGAACCUGUAUUAUGGCAUGAAGAUUCUGGGAGGAAGCCAUGGGAAAAUGGGAGGAAGCCAUGGGAAAAUGGGAGGAAGCCAUGGGAAAAUGGGAGGAAGCCAUGGGAAAAUGGAAGGCAAAACCCCAAAAGAAUUCUUUCUGGUCAUCAGCUUGGGGAGGCGUCACAUCGACUUGUUACUAAUAGCUUACAGUUGAAGGGGGAUCGGGUGGGGCUCGGCAGCCAUACGCGUGGCCCACCACUUUCUCAUACUGCUGCUCCCUAUGUUCCUUCAGUUCCUUCCUAUUCAAAUUUUGUGUACAAUGAUCUAGGACGCCAGGCAGUGGUACCACCACCCAGAGCAGAUUAUACUCGUGGAAAUCACCACCGUUCUUCAAAUCCUAACAUUCCAAACCACUAUGACAAUGGAUAUGAACGACCCUAUUAUUCAGGUCCACAAUUGCCCUACAAUGGUUCUCAUUCUCAGUAUCAAAGAAAUAACCUUGCAGCUUCCAACAGCGGGAGAGAUAAUCAUCCAAGGAAUGCAUAUCACCCUCCAGGAUUUGGUCAGAAUGAUGUAACAGGUUACCAUCCGAGUCAUGUGCAGAACAUUUCACCUGGGAAUGGUAACUACACUCAUCAUCAAGGUGGCCAUAGAGGCUACCAGACCUACCAAACACCAGGAGCUGGUAAUUAUCAAGAGUGGGGGAACAUGAUGCCCCCGCAGGCUCAUCAUAACUUUCCUAGGGGGCAUAGCCACCCUCACCAUCAACAGGGUGGAAACCAAUAUUCUGCCUUAGACAGAAGAGGGAAUACGAGGCGGCCUCCAGCGCCACAGCCUUGAUAUCGCCAUAAAUAAGGUUGUAUGUGUUUGUUUCUAGGUAUACUUGACCACAUAUAUGCUGUAGUGUAGUCAACUGGCCGAGGAGAUGUACCAUUUGCAGAAGUUUUCCGAUUGUUUCUCAUUAGUUUCAGUAUAUUCCUUAUUGUUGUAUCUAAUUGGCAAACCUUGCUAAUUAACGCACAUCCAAUUUUGAGGAAUGAUUUGAUAAGUAGGUUGAGUGUUUGUUGGAGCAACAUGUAUUUGUAAUAAUUAAUGUAAAAUAAUGAUACUUCUUUCUUUCUCUCAUUAUUAAGACUGAAGAUUUCUGAGUGAUCA